AUGAUUCCUCUGAGCCCUUCACUGGCACUUGUAUGCGUAUUGAGUAUUUGGACUAUAGGACUCGCUGCAGCCUGUGGUGACGGACAGGAUGAGGUGGAUGGGCGAUGCUGUGACCUUUGUCCCCCAGGUAAAUUUAUGACUGAGUUCUGCUCAAAGCAAAGGCAAACUGUGUGUAAACCCUGUAAAGAGGGUUACUUCUCGGACCACUAUAACAUGUUUGACAGAUGUGAGAAAUGUCGGUCAUGCCAACACGAAUAUGCUGAGAAAUGUACACUGACCGCAAACGCAAACUGUUCGUGCCUCCCUGGUUUCCUGUGCUCCAACAAUGUCUGCUCAAAGUGUGAGGAAAACAAAUGUGUCAGCGGGGAGAAACUGAUGAAAACAGCCGGUCCCAGACGGCCAGAUGGGCUGAUAGAGUAUUCAUAUCGGUGUGCGCCCUCAAGCCCUGAUAAUUCAUAUUUUGAUAGAAAAGAAGGUACCUCCAUGUUUUCACCAGGGACGCACAGAGAUGGCAGCGACUCCGUUCACUCGGUCCUCUACAUCAGCUUUGUUUUGGUUUCUCUCACCCUCCUCGUGUUUCUGUCUUACGUCUGUAUAAAGACCCUGAGGAAGCACAAAGCAUAUAAACAACCUACAGAGCUCUUAGCGCUCUCAAACAUCGGCAGCGACUUUCACCUGUCGAAGGAGGAGAGUGGGCAUGAGCUCAGGAUGCAGGAUGAAACUAAGAACAGCAACAGUUUGGACCUCCUGCAACUUGAAAAAGUUAGCACGUGCUACUGUUCAGCUGCCCUUGAGCAAGGAACUUAAGCCCUUUUUGCUCCAGUAGAGCUACUCAGUGGUGAACAGAUACGUGUCCCCGUCUGAAUGUGUGUAACUGUUAGUGUAGAAUGUGAAGAUAAUAAUGUUCAUUGUUUGUUGUGUCUUAAAAAUACUCAAGAAGGGCUGUGGUGCAACUGUAGAGAUUAGGCUAUUUUGUAACUUUUCUAAAUGUUGUCGUCUGAUAAUGAUAGUUAAUAAUUAACAGUAGGUGAUGACUAUGUAGUGUUGGUGGUCUUGUUGGGUGCUACAAUAGAAGGAGUAUUGGCUCAAAACUGUAAUUUUAUGGCAUAUCAGCUGCCACUGCCCAUCGACAAAAAUGAGGACAACUAUGGUUAAAUGCGAUACUAAAGGACUGGCAAAGAUGAUCCUCAAAAACAUAGACUGUAUAUAAAGAUUUUUAACAUCUGUAGAAACCUUUGUUUGCCUUGCGCCACAUCUGGUGUGAACGCACUGUAAGAAAUGUGGGUAUUAAGCAUAUGUAUUUAAGUCUGUUUUCUAGCAAAGUCAACGCAUAAAUGUUGAGUACCCCAAAGCUUUACAUUAUAAAUGUGAAGUAUAAAUUCCCAACAUUAAGAAACUACCAGAUUCUAACUUGCAUAUGUUGGGCAAUUUGUGUUAUUUGCCAAAUUUGCAUUAUCACAUAUGGACAGUCGUUCAGCAACUGCUUGGCCAAUUUGGACACUAUCUGGGUGGUUUUGAGGAUGCUUUUCCGAAUGUUGGUGACCCAUACUAUACAUUUACAACAUAAUCUUUGGGGUAUUCAACAUUUCCGGGUUCACAAUGGGACUCUAUAGGCUGGUAAAAAUGUUUACUCUCCUGACAUGUUUGUAUUUUGAAUUAAAAACAUAAAGUGAAAAAAA